UUAUUCUCAAAGCUUUAAAAGCCAAAACAAUCAUGGCGCUAAGGGCACUUCGUAAAUUAAAGUUUACUACAAGAUAUUCUCAGUCUAUCUUAAACGCAGAAGUUUCAAAAAAUAGUUUAAAAUGCUUUGCAGCUUAUUCUACUCAAGAAGGAGACUAUGCAGAUAUUGUGAUUUCAGGGGGUGGUAUGGUGGGUGCAGCAAUGGCAUGUGCAUUAGCAAACAAUAAUCUUUUGAAAGACAAGAGAAUAAUAUUAUUAGAAAUGGAUCGAGAUAAAGGUGACUUUGUGUUAUCUGAAAAGUACAGCAACCGUACUUGUGCUCUUAGUCCAGCCACUGCUCGCUUGCUUAGUGGUUUUGGUGCUUGGCAAGAAAUACAAUCACUGCGUUAUCAUCCUGUUUUAAGAAUGCAGGUGUGGGAAUCUUGUGCUGAUGCCAUGAUUACUUUCAACAAUGAUGAUAUGACAGAAGCCCUUGCUUAUAUAGUGGAAAAUGAUAUCAUUUUGGCUGGCAUCAUGAAAGCUCUCAAAAGUUUUAAGGAUCGUGUGGAAGUUCGGUAUCAAGCAAAAGCCACAUCUUACAGCAACAUUGACAGCCAGAGUGUUUCCUCCACUAAGCUCCCUUAUGUUGAAAUGACCCUCAAUGAUGGGUCAAAACUGAGAACAAAGUUAUUGAUUGGAGCUGAUGGCAUGAACUCUAAUGUCCGUAAGACAGCAGGUUUCCAUACUAUCAAUAGAGAUUAUGGCCAGACUGCAGUUGUCGCAAUAUUAGAAUUAGGUGAUACAACACAGAAUAACACAGCUUGGCAAAGAUUUUUGCCUACUGGACCCAUUGCUCUAUUACCUAUAAGCAGCAACCUGUCAUCUUUGAUCUGGACUACAACAACUGAGAACUCCAAACAUCUUCUAGACAUACCUAGUGAGAGCUUUGUUGAUGCUGUGAAUGAUGCUUUAUGGCAUGAACGUGAGAAGAAUCAGAUUGCAGGACAAGCUCUUAGUGUAUUUAGAAAUUUACUACAGAAUGUUUUCCCAGAAUCUCAAGAACAAUGUCGUCAACUUCCUCCAACUGCCAUAAAUGUUGUAGAAAAAACAAGAGCCUCAUUUCCUCUGACCUUGAUUCAUUCGUCACAGUAUGUAAAACCUCGAGUGGUUCUUAUUGGGGAUGCUGGACAUAGACUUCAUCCUUUGGCAGGACAAGGGGUAAACUUAGGCUUUGGAGAUGUGGAAUGUUUGAAUGAAAUACUAACCAAAGCUGUUCAGAAUGGUGCAGAUCUUGGAUCACUAACUCACCUCCUUGAGUUUGAGACUCAGAGACAAAGGCACAAUGUGCCAGUCAUGGCAACUAUUGAUGGGCUGCAGAGACUCUACUCCACUGACUUUACUCCCCUGGUUUUGAUAAGAGCUUUAGGACUUCAUGCUGUUCAUUCUUUGCCAGUUUUAAAAAAAUUUAUCAUCAGUCGAGCCUCUGUUUAGCAUUGUAGUAUCAAAUAACAACUUGAUUUUGUUGUUGUAAGAAAAUAUUUGCUCAGUAACAAAACUGUAUUUGAGAGAUUGUAAUUGAAAAUUCAAGAGUAAUUCCCCCCUCCCCCCCCCCCC